CCUCAACAGAAAACAAAUGGAAGAAGAACUCUUACAAAUAGGUAGUUUCAGAGCAACAUGUUGAUAUGUAGGUAAAUGCUGUCAACUAUGAGCAAUCUACAAGAAAGUAUUGCAGUUUCACCCACCACUCCAUCUGUGAAAGACUUGGUGAAGGUUUUGUACGGAGGAAAAAGGUUUGACAACCAUGUGGAUGAAGUUUGGCCUAACCUUUUCCUUGGCGACAUGUCAGUGGCCAAUGAUCGCUACAGUCUGUGGAAGCUGGGAAUCACUCAUGUUCUGAAUGCAGCUCAUGGAAGGAUGCACUGUCAGGGGAGUCAUGACUUCUACGGCUCCACUGUGGACUAUUAUGGGGUGCCUGCAGAUGACUCACCAUCCUUUGACCUCUCUCGCUAUUUCUUUCCCUCUGCUGAGUAUAUUCAGAGUGCACUUGACACAGCUGGUGCUCGGGUUUUUGUCCACUGUGCAGUUGGAGUGAGCAGGUCUGCCACCCUUGUCCUGGCCUACCUAAUGAUCCACCACCGUUACACCUUGCUAGAAGCCAUCAAUAAGGUCAAAGAGCACAGAUGGAUUUUCCCAAACAGAGGAUUCCUCAAACAGCUUCGUGCUUUGGAUCUGAAACUGCGCAAGACAUCCUGAGUAAUCCUCUGCACCUCAAAAAGAAAGAGAUUUUCUAAAUUACAGAGCCUCAGAUGCCUGUUUUUCCUCAGUAUAAAUGAAGAAUUGAGCACCUGCCAGUGGAGGGAGAUACUGUACUUUGACUUUAAUCAAUUUGUUUCAAGAAUGGUAUUGAACUAUUAUUGAGCCUGGCGCUGUGUUAAAUGUGUAUCAUGCUGCCUGUUCCCAGGAUAUUGACCCUUAUAUUAGUAGGAGAUCUGUGUAAUCAACUCACCCUCAGGCAGAAUCCAUUUUAUGAGACAAAAUGACUCAUUUAAUCUUUUGUUUUAUGUUAAAGAAAAUAUACAUCCACUAUGUUGUGCUGUGUAUUUACACUAGAACAACAUGAACAAUCAAUAAAAAAAUUAUUUAGUAUCGUUUAGUUGUAAGAAAGGUUUAGCACAUUUUAAUUGUCUACAGAUAGGCUAUACCUCACUAUAUGAAGCAUCUAUAACUGGUAUGUGAUCGGAUAAUGAAUGAUUGACAGCAUUGCAUUUAUAAUCAUAUAUAAAAAUAUGUUUGUAUCAGUUCUGAAUCAUUUAUUAGCAGCUUUAAACAUAUCCAUCAAUGAUUUUCAGGGAAGCAUAAUUCAUUUACUUUAUAAAAAAAUAUUUGGCCUGCUUUUCUGAUUUAAUGAAAUUUAUUUAUUAUUUAAAUUAGAUUUUAUUUUUCUGAAUUAGCAACAUUAUUACCUCAUUAAUUUAGAAAAACGAGCAGAUUUUUUUUCUGUACUUUUUUUGUCUCAUAAUUCUAAGAUAAUAAUCUUGUUUAUUUAAAAAUUAAAAAAAAAUGUGGGGAGAUAAAAACUUAAUUUGCACAUUUGCAAAUUUAUUUAAAAUAUAAUUUCACAGUUAAAUAAAUAAAUACAUUGUGCAGUUUUAUGAUUUGAUUUUCCCCCGGACAUUUGUCCAAUAUGUUUAGCUGUGCUGGUGUAGAAUUUGUACUUGUGACUUAAGUAUUUGGAAAAUCAUCAUGAUUCUUCAUCAUUCAGGUUCUUAAAACCAUGAGAAACCAGUCAUCUGUGUCUUCAGUAGUCUUACUGCUAUGCAGGGCUGGGCAGUAUAUCCAUAUUAUAUUGAUAUCAUGAUAUGAGACUAGAUAUUUUCUUAGAUUUUGGAUAUUGUAAUAUAAUAUAAAGGCUGCAUCACAGUAAAGUGAUGUAACUUUCUGAACUUACCAGUCUCCUCACCCAAUUAUGCUGCGUUCACAUGGAAUCAGGCAGAUGGUGGGCAGCAGAUGGAAAACACCUGGAUGACACAGGAAAAAACAAAUACUUUGACAGAAUGGCAGGGCAGUAUAACAAAACAUGCAUGCCGAUAUGUUGUGAUGGUGAUGCUGCAUUGUUUAACACUUCAGUUAAAACCCUAGUCCCAAUUAAACGCCCAGUGCCUUUUACUAGCCCGGUGUGGCUACACGUUUUGACAAAUAAAGGCCUGUCUCAAUUAGAGGCCUGGUCUGGUUGCCAAGCAGUUCAUUUUUCAAUAUAAGUUCUUCAGAUGUUUAAAACCGUGUCGUUGGCUACCUCAAAUUAUUUGUCUAUUCCUUGAUUACCCUGUAAGUUACUCAUAUUCCUUUAGUCUGUAAGGGUCCUCAGAUUGAAAGAAUCAAAAGGCAUUUUCAUAAAAAUUAAUCCAAGUUGUGAGGAUUGUUUUAACAGGAUAAAGUGGUGUUGUGUCAGUGUGCCGAGUGCCGUAGCCCUCAAGUGUCAUAACUCUCUCUCUCUCUCAUGUGCUGUCUGUCUGAGCUAGAUCAAAUGAGUGAUUCAUACCUGAUAUAUUAUCCGAAGUCUAAUCUUUAUAAAAGUAAUAUUCAUACUGGUUUAAAUGAAAUUUAAUUGUAUAUCCUGAUUUUUGCUGAACAACAGUUUUGUGUGAAAGGAAUUAAAGGCCUGUCCUAAAUAUAGGCCUGUUGAUUUGAGUGAUUUAAGCAAAUAAUAGCCCGGGCUAUUAAUUGAAGUUUUACGGUAUUUCAUGUUUAUCAUUUUAUGUAAUUUUUUUCAUCUUGUAACUCCCAUGUCAACAAAGAUUUGGAAGUUUCGGAAUAUUUCUAGUCUAUACUCAACAUUUCUAAUAAAGGCUUU